GUUCUCUCUGUUUCAGACAACUCACAGUAGGGUCCUGGCAUUAUGAAAGGAUCUGACCUCCUCUCUCAGCCUUUUCCUCCAUCCUGAGUAGUUGCCGUGUCUCCUUUGUUAGAGGCUAUCCAGGCUGUCCCUCAAGUACCCUUGUUCUCUUCGUCAUUCUAUCCGUCUUUCCCAGGUGUACCUCCAGUCCCAAGACAUGUCCUGCUACUCCCAGUGUGUGCCAUGCCAGCCCUGCGGCCCGACCCCUCUGGCCAGCAGCUGCAACGAGCCCUGUGUCAGGCAGUGCCAGAACUCCAACGUUGUCAUCCAGCCCUCUCCCGUGGUGGUGACCCUGCCCGGACCCAUCCUCAGCUCCUUCCCGCAGAACACCGUCGUGGGCUCCUCCACCUCCGCUGCUGUUGGCAGCAUCCUCAGCUCUGAGGGCGUGCCCAUCACGUCGGGGGGCUUGGACUUGUCCAGCUUCGGUAGCCACUACUGUGGCAGAAGGUGCCUGCCAUGCUAAAACUCCUGGCCAUGGUCCUGGAUAAAUUCGUCCAUGAACCACGAACAUGGUGCUGGAUCAGGAAGACAUCUUUAAGCCACUGCUUUCAGAAUUCCUGACCCUACUUGGAUACUCCAGGAAAUGCUGAAAGCAAGUGGCAAUCCUGAACUUUCUGAAAACAUGGCUCAUGUCUCUUCUUGUUUCCUCUGCCUAACCUGUGGAGACGCUUCUCCAUUGCAGACGAAUGGGAGGUUGUGACUCACAGCAGAGGCUGCUCUCUUGGGCACUGUCCGUUGCAGCAGAAGGUCUCUGCUAUGGCAGAACAGGGGACAAUCAGCCUUUGCCGUGCAAUGAUUCCGCCCACAGUAAAAACCAGUGGUAAUGUAAAGGGAGAACACCACCACUGCUCAUCUUAUAGAAAAAGAUACAAUUGUGUGGAAUGGCGUGGGUAUAAGCCACACUGCUGUCUCGUAGAACAGGUCACCUCCUGUUCUCAUCAGUGUGGCAUCGGGGAAGCAAUCAAGGAUAGCAGACAUCGCAGAAUUGUGUGGAGGUCUCCGUGGCGAACAACAGAGCUAGUAUCGUCAUUUAUGCCAUUUUUAUCACCUCGGAUAUAGGUUUGUCUGAUUGACAUUGGCCUCAUGAAUCAGUGCUGCGUGUGCCGUGCUCGUUUCUGUCGAGAACUCAGGGAAGUG